CACUCAGCCUCUGCAGCUCAAUAGCAUGGACAUAUCGGAGCUCUGACUUCACCGCCCGGGGUCCUGCUCCUUCCCACUCAUUGGCAAAGUUUCCAAAAGUUAUCGUUCAGAUCAAAGAUGGAAGAUCGCCCUCGGACCAUCAGCACAACGAGCAGCACUUACACGGCGUCCUUCAGCUCGACGGCGAGGGGUUACGACAGGGCUUUCCUUAAGACCCUCCCGGGGCUCCUUAUGAUCGCCGAGAUUAUACUUGGACUAUUGGUGUGGAUAUUGAUAGCGAGUACAGAAUAUUUCUCCGUCCCUGCCUUUGGCUGGGUGAUGUUUGUGGCAGUCUUUUACUGGGUGCUCACAGUCUUCUUUUUGAUCUUCUACAUCACCAUGGCUUAUACUAAGAUUCCUCAGGUACCAUGGACCACAGUGGGUUUGAGUUUUAAUGCCAGUGCUGCUUUGUUGUACCUCUUAGCCUCAAUUGUGGAUGCGAUUUCAAUUAAACAAGCUGGAGAAGGUACACACAACUAUAACUGCUGGAUAGCUUCCACUAUUUUCGCUUUUGUGGUCACCCUCUGUUACUCUGGCAAUGCAUAUUUUAGCUUUCAGACUUGGAGAUCGAGGGACCAAGGACCAUAAUGUGCUAGUAUUCUAAAAGCACCUGUUGGAAACUAGAGAAGACUUGGUGUGAACAAAGGAAUUGUGAAUAGCCCCUAUAAUUAAUAUAUAUGCUGUACUAAUGUGACUGCUAACUUGGCUCAGUGUUCGUUAUAAUUACAUUUGUAGAGUGGUUUAAGGUAUGACUAUAGUGUUUGUGCCAGAUUGUGAAUAUAGACAUUUGAGACUUAUUCCGCUUCAUUUUCCAUCACUUCCUCCUCCCCUUCUGGGACGUUGACUAUCCUCACUGGGAUACAGUUCCACAGAGGUAUUCUUCCAUUGAUAUCUCAUCCAUCUGGCCCAUUGACUGUGGGGAGCAUCUUAGUUGUGCAUCACCUUGUCCAUCUCAGCAUGCACACUCCAGUAGGAGUCUUCAAAUGACAGUCUGCAGGGAGAAUCGUAACUGAUUUUUCCUUUUCUUAACCAAGAGGUGCUAUGGCCAAUUGUAAUGUCCCUCUACUCCUGUACCAGCAAGAACUGCAAGCUCAGCGUAGACUGGUGUCAAAGAUGGGACUUUCAUCAACACAGACAUUGAAUGUACCAUUGGACAAUGGGGAUUGUUUGUCUUUUUAAAAGUUUUAAAAGGUCAAGAUUUUACCUUAUGAAUUUUACUGCUAUGUUAAAACUGCAAUUGGUUGUGUUCUGUUCUAAUGUGUUACUAAAUUAAUGACUGGGAAGCGUUGUCAUGUAUCAUUGCCUUACAUUUGUCCUCUCAAUAGGAAUCUUAGCUGAUUGUCACAAUGCUUUAGCAAAAUGACCUGAAAGAUUUCUAUCUGCCCAAGGUUUCAAUUAAAAUUGUUAAAAACGGUAUUCAUAUUACAUACUCUUUCCCACCCAUCCCCAUUUCAUCUCACCCUCUACUGAAGGUGCUAACCCUGCUGUUACAGAUGCAUGGUUACCAGCUGCCAACCUGUACCUUGUCCAUUUUUCAUGUGAACUUAGUGUGUGUUGGCAGACAAUAUAAUCAUGGAAUAUGAAACAGGCCAAGGCAAA